UUCAGAAUGAGAUCAUAUAUUGUGAAAUCCAGAAGAAGUGGGUUAAACUAACAAAUUGUGUUGUAGACAACUUACAAAACCAACCGAAGAAAAUAAGGGAUGUUUUAUACGACCUUCUCAGGAAAUCUGGGUGUAACGUUGCACAAAUCCCGGCCCAUGUUCAGAAUAGCAUCGAAGCAUGCACCGACAUACUAUUGACACGUGUCAGUCCUAGGUAUGUCCGCGAACAAAUACAUGCAAAUCCAAAGAUAUACAAGGCGCUCCACAGAAAAGACAAACAUUCUUUACUAAGCUACCUUCUACAAGACGAAGAUUUCUCUACUUUAAAUGGUUUGCAAUUGAUGUCUCUACGUGAUAACACCGAAGUUGCUUUCAAAACGUGCACACCUUACAAUCAACCAAGACAUGUAUACCUUCCAUCUGAAAUAUACCCCAUGGCACUAUUUCCAAAUCACCAAGCGUAUUUUAUAAAUACAGACAACAUGGAAUACUGGC